CUUGCCUUGCCUUGCCUUAAUGUGAUAGGUGCACUGGACUGCACUCACAUUAGAAUAAAACACCCCUCAGGUGUUCAUGAGGGAGACUUUGUGAAUAGAAAAUCCUACCACAGUAUCAAUGUUCAGAUGAUCUGUGAUGCUGACUGCAUUUUCAGCAAUGUAGAGGCGAAGUGGCCUGGCUCGGUCCAUGACUCCAGAGUCUUUAGGGCCUCUACAAUUUUCCAGCGACUGUCACAAGGGGAAUAUGCUGGUGUUUUGCUUGGAGACAAGUGCUAUGCAUGUCAGCCAUUUCUUCUGACUCCAUUUGCAGACCCCCAGACAGCAGCACAGCACACCUAUAAUCUUGCCCAUGCAAGAUCAAGGGCCCGCAUCGAGAUGGCAUUUGGCCUUUUGAAGUCCCGUUUCCAGUGCCUUCACCACCUAAGAGUCACCCCAGAGAGGGCCUGUGACAUCACUGUUGCAUGCACUGCCCUGCACAACAUUGCCUGCCUGAGAAAGGAAAGGGCUCCCAGAGCAGCCUUGGAUAUGGACUGGGACAAUGCAGCAAUAUUUCAAGACAAUGUCAAUGGCAGACUGGUCAUAGACCAAUACGUUGCCAAUUACUUUUGAUUCCUGAAUUAUGUAUGUUUCAUUUGGCUUUUGAAGUAGACAUUUGUUUUUGGUUUAAUUGUAUAGAGUAGGCCUGUAUAUCAAGGAAAAGACACCACAAUGUUUUUUGACCUUUUUAGUUUUUAGGAGAUGUCUCACUUGUCUGCUGCGAGCUUGGGGAAAGAACAAAAAAAGAUUAAUACAUUGUGUUACUGUCAUUCUUAAAGUAUGCAUUUAAAUGAUCAUUUACUUCUCUCUCCAGUUUCUUUAUUUCCAAAUCCAGUUUCCUCAAGGUUUUUCUUUUGAUUUGCAUAUCGAGGUCCAUUUCCUGCAUUUUUCGUUUCUUUAAUUGAAUUUGUAUCUCUGCCAAAUGUAUUUGUUUCUGUAGGUGUGUUGUGUAUAGGGACCUGACCGUUUGGGAACUCUGUAAAACACAUAUCAGUUAUGACUUGGCUGCUGUGAGACUGGUCAGAGACCAAUACUUUCUUAAAUUCAGCAGGAAUUGUGCAUGGUGUGAAUUUGUUCUUCAGGGUAAUACUUACGAUGUUGGCAGGCUGAGUGUCGGCCUGCACAGUGUCUGGGUCCUAUUAAAAAUAUAUUUGCUAUGAGCACCAUAUCACUAUAAUCCAUUAUGUACUAAAUAAGUAUUUCCACAAGAUUGACAUGAUACUGUACCUCCUGUCUUCUUGAGUCCACGGAAAUAGUUUCCUCCUCGUCUUGUGCAGCAGAUGUGCCUUCACCCUACACCAGCUUCCACAGAAUUGUAUUGACAAAGGUUUGACAGGGGCCAGGCCUUGGGGGGGCAUUAAGAAUUAAUACUCACCGGAUCUAGGUCAUCAUAAAGGGGCUCCAGAAGACUGAUUGUAUUGCCAGACACUGCAAGACAAUGUCAGACAGUCCACAUUAUAUCUUGUAGGCUAAAUGGUUUAUUAUUUUUCAUAUUCAGGCUACUACAGUAUAGGAAUAAUGUAGCCUACCUUGUAUGAAGUGGGCGCUUUCUGUGGGUGGGACAGAGUCAGUGGAGGUCCCACCCUGGAUUCCUUCAAUUAUAGGCCUCCCUUUGUUCAGGUCAAGGGCCAUCUCCUCUGCUGGGGUUAAUUCUGGAGUAGCUGG